GCUAUGACAACAAAAAUGGCGGCCGCGAUUUGAUCAGCUGUGCUUCCGGUCGUGGUGUUGUGCCAGUUUCGUGAUCCGUCGUGGCGUUGUCAAAGUCGCAGUGCCUGCCAGCGUUGCAUUUCGAAACGAUGACUGUGCCCGCCGAGUGAAAGACGAGAAGCGAUGGUGGACGAAACUGCAGCGGAGUCGUCUCGGCUGGCCAAGUGUGGCGACGAUCUCGGAUAUAGCGAAGAGACGCUGGGCUCCGCCGCCAAUUUGUUGACAGAGUUCACGAGUCACGUGUACCUCGGCCAGUGGGAAUGUGCUCGAGCCUGUGCGCUGACCGCGCUGCGGGCACCGUUCACCUCUCACGAGCAAAAGUGGUUCGUGAAGGAGUACAUUCGCGGAGUAUCGGCGCUACCCGCAACCUUCAGUACAUGUGCCAAUCCACUCCUGCUAUCACCAAACCACCUCAGCUGGCUUGCUGCGAAAUUCCUAGAGGACUAUUGUGACGAGCAAAAACCAUCAAAUUUGGCUCACGAUGCGGAGUUGCGGGUCCUUCUCUGCACUAUUGGUGGAGAUCUUCCUGAUGCCUGUAGACAGGAGCUGUACGAAGUCUACUGUGCGGAAGCACGGUCUGACUGUGAAAGAAGCAGUCUUCUUUCGUCGAGUUGCCUUUCUUCGCUUAAAGAGCUGUUCCUCAACGACCCCGCAAGGGCCAGUCUUCUGGUGGAACACAUUUCCCAGCACGUGGGAGGAGCGAGCGGUGUCACGCAGCAACUGUGGCAAGUGCACCUGGACGCCCUGCGCAGUUGUCUGGAACGGGUGCAGGAGGCCCUCUCGGCAUACGAAGAAAUUCAUGACAGGCAGAGGUGUCUGCUGCUGAAGCUCCUAGUGAGCCUGCCUGAUCCAUUGCCAGCACACUGUCUUGCCAACCCCGAGGCGAGUGUUUCACAAUAUCUUAAUUUAAGAGAGAUUGAAUGCGAGCUCGUUGGUUUGAAUCCGUCCUGAAAAAAACAAAACAGCGCUGCUGAAAACAUGUACAAGAAAAGAACUCGCCAAGUCUAGAAUAUUUCUUGAGCACAGUUAGCUCUGUACCUGCGCAACACCUUGGAUUCUUAGAAA